CGGCGGCGGCGCCUGGGGGCUCUGUAUCCCCGGGCCGGCGAGGGCUGGCAAGGCCGACCCGUGGCGCGGCCCCCGGCGAGGGCGCGUCGCGGGGGGGCGAAGGCGCCAGGGCCCUCGGGCUUCGGCCCAGGAGGCGGGACGCCAGUGGACUGGGCGCUGCCGUGGGGCCGGCAUCAAAGCAGCAACCGGCAAGCUGUAUCCUUCCUCGGAUCUGCGAGAGAGCGGUUCAGGGCACCCCUCGCACUGCGGUCCUCAUAGCUCCGCUCCUGGGGACUGGGAAAGGACGCCUGGGAGGGCUGGGGUUGAUCUGGUGCCGCAGCACCAGCCCUAGGCAGCCUCUUGGGAAUUUGGAAAAGAUCUCUGGUCCAGUCCAGAGGCUGACGGUCCUCUGGACUUGCGAAGGAAACCUGCCUGGACGUUGGGCGUGUUUUGAAGAAUCGUUGUGUUGAGUGGGGUUGUGGUCUGUCUGUAAAAGGGGGGAAUGAACAAAAUCUGAUACCCCCUGUCCUUCUUGAAAGAGACACCUCUGGAGCUGAAAGCCUCAAGGACAGGCGCUCUCACGCCCCCAUUUCUGGUCCUAACAGCAUCCAAGGCCGGUCUGGGGCAGGAUACUCUCCACAUGUUCCUGUCCAUAGGAUGCAGCUCCUUUCUCUGCAUCAGUCACAGCUGAAAACAAAAAGAAGCAAAAUAUCCUGACCCACAAACAAGAAGUGAGGCCGGCUCCCUUACCACGGAGCCAGGACUAGGGCUGUUUGUGGGGCCGGGGCACAGUGGUACCCAGGUCUGUAUCCGGCCAGAGGAUGCAUGCAGCUUACAAGCAGAGAAGUCGAGGCAGGGUCUGUGCCGUGUAUCUUUGUUAUUUGUGUGUCACAGGCUGCGAAGCUCUGCUGUCUCAGGAUGCUAACGAGACCCAGGGAAAAAGUUUAAAGGCUGAAGUCACUCCCAGGGACCCGACAGCAGAACCCCAGGAGCAGUUGACCUUCAGGGACGUAUCCGUGGACUUCACCCAGGAGGAGUGGGGGCAGCUGGCCCCUGCUCACCGGCACCUGUACCGGGAGGUGAUGCUGGAGAACUACGGGAACCUGGUCUCCGUGGCAGGGUAUCAGCUUUCUAAACCUAGUGUGAUUUCCCAGUUGGAGAAAGGAGAGGAACCAUGGAUGACAGAGAAAGAAGGCCCAGGAGAUCCCAGUUCAGGCUUGACAAGUAAAACAGAAACCAAUGUGUCAACUGCAGAGAACAACAUUGUACAGGAACAGUUAUAUCAUAGCAUGAUGAUGGAAAGGCUCAUGAGAGAUGAUGUCAUUUAUUCCACAUUGAGAGAAGUCUCAAAAUAUGAUUAUGAGUUAGAAAGGCAGCAGGAUAGCUGUGGAAGAGAUAUGAGACAAACCAUCUGGACCCAUAAGAAGAGAGGCCAAGAAACUAGCAAAUUUGGCAGAAGUAUUACGAGUUCAAAUAUUGUUAUAGAACAGAGGCACCAUAAAUGUGACAUGCCUAAAAAGAGAAACAAAUACAAAUCAAAUUUGAUUAAUCAUCCAAUGAGUUACAUACGAACAAAAACCUAUGAAUGUAAUAUAUGUGAAAAAGUCUUUAAACAACCCAUUCACCUGACUGAACACAUGAGAAUCCAUACUGGUGAGAAACCUUUCAGAUGUAAGGAAUGUGGAAGGGCCUUUAGUCAAAGUGCAUCCCUUAAUACACACCAGAGAAUCCACACUGGUGAGAAACCCUUUGAAUGUGAAGAAUGUGGCAAAGCCUUCAGACAUCGUUCAUCUCUUAAUCAGCAUCACAGAACUCACACUGGAGAGAAACCCUACGUAUGUGAUAAAUGUCAGAAAGCUUUCAGCCAGAACAUUAGCUUGAUCCAACACUUGAGAACUCAUUCUGGAGAAAAACCCUUUACAUGCAAUGAAUGUGGGAAAACCUUUAGACAGAUUAGACAUCUUAGUGAACAUGUAAGAAUUCACACUGGGGAGAAGCCAUAUGCAUGUACUGCAUGUUGUAAAACCUUUAGUCAUAGAGCAUAUCUAACGCAUCACCAGAGGAUCCAUACUGGAGAGAGACCCUACAAAUGUAAGGAAUGUGGGAAAGCCUUUAGGCAGAGGAUACACCUUAGCAACCAUAAAACUGUUCAUACAGGAGUGAAAGCAUAUGAAUGCAAACGCUGUGGAAAAGCCUAUAGGCAUGAUUCAUCAUUUAAAAAACAUCAGAGGCAUCACACAGGAGAAAAACCUUAUGAAUGUAAUGAAUGUGGAAAAGCCUUCAGCUAUAAUUCAUCACUUACUCGACACCAUGAAAUACACAGGAGGAAUGCCUUCCAAGAUAAUAUGUAAAAACAGAUUCUUCAACAUGAGAACAAAAACCAAGUCUAAAUUAGUGAUUCUACACUUCAAAUUUCAAGACUCUAAAUUUGAGGAAUUGAUAUAAUAAUGCCAAAUUUUAAUUUUUCCCACUGUAUAAAUAAACAUUACAUUGACAACUACUACUACUAAUACCUCCAUAAAAAGUCCUUAAUUGAGAAUAAAGGAUGGUCCUUCAAAUUAAAUCUAACAAUAUGAAAAAUUGACACAUUAUUAUUUUUAUGAUUUUAUGGUGGAUUAAUAAAUUAUUCUUCAUGGCA